AUGGCGUCCUUCACCCUGCCGGCAGGGCAAUACGAGUUUCCGUUCGAUCUGUCGCUAGACCCAAACAUGCACGACACAAUCACGGGCCCGAAUCACUCUUACCUUUCCUACCAAGUAUACGCAAUCGUUGAGCGGAAACUAUACCGCAAUCACGUGGUUUCUCAACCCCUAAGGAUAUACAAACCUGCUGUCAGGGACCGAUGUGAUGUUUUGCUCUCGGACCCAAUCAUCACCGAAGAGCUUGCCGAUACGACGAUCCCCUACAGCGUGUCAAUCCCCCACAAGAAGAUCCCGUUCGGUUCCACAUUCCCGGUGAAUUUCUGGAUGGCGCCUUUAGAGAAGGGGCUUCGGAUGAAAGCGAUCAAUAUCGCGGUGGUGGAAAAGCAUUCGAUCAAGAUCGAUGCGCCCGCAGCAUACGCGACUCGGUACGGCGUCCGGUAUCUGACCUCGGCAAAAGAUCAUAUUGUCCUUAGCGAGCGACAUGAAGGACAAGAGGAAGACUAUCUAGCUGCCGCCUCGGAGAUGUUCGACAUCGAAUGGAGUACGACCAAAGCGGUCGCUUUACCGAAGAGCUUAGAGGAGUGCACACAACGCGUCAAAUCGAAUCAUAUCCAGGUUCAUCAUGAACUAAUCUUUUCAGUCGAGCUUGUCAGUGCAAAGGGAAAUCUAUCGACAAUAAGCGGAGCUCUCCCAUUCAACAUCGUCAUAUUACCACGGUCCGUUACAUCAGAUGGCCUGGCUCACGGUUUUGAAAUCGAAGAAUUUUCGUACGACCAUGACUCUCCUCCGCUUUACGGCGCUCAUAUGACCGAUACGUUGCUGUGCGGCGAUCUAGCGGAUCUCGAACUUCGCGCUGGAGGACCAUACUCGUUGGCGACUUCGGAUCUUACAUGUGCGCCCUGUUAUGAGCGAGAAUUCGGUCCUUUGCUAGGUCACGGAAUUGCCGAACGCCCGCAACGAAUGAUUAGUGGCUAA